CGUGGUGCGGCCACCCAAUCCAAUUUGGCGGUUGGAUCCAGCGUCCAGCGAUCUACGCAUCAUCUCCUCACUGCACCCCCCCACCCGACCCGAAAAGUCCCACGAGACAGACAAGCCUCUUGCUCGCGGAGAUCUCCCACUCCCGCGGCCCCUUGCCCCGCGGCCAUGGCCUCCGGGCAGGACUCGUCGGGCACGACGCUGAUGGAUCUCAUCACCUCGGAUCCGUCGGCAGCCUCGGGCGCCGGGGCGUCGUCGCAGCAGCUGUCCUCCUCGGGCGGCGGCGGCGGCGGCGGCAGCGGCGGCGUCGGCUCCCUGCUAGGGAAGCCCGUGGCGUCGACGGCCGAUCGCAAGUCGAAGAAGGGGACGCUGACGCAGAUCCAGAACGAUACCAUCUCGGCCGCCAAGGCGCUCAACCCCGUCAAGGUCCUGCCCCAGCGGAACAGGAAGAAGAAGCCCGUCUCGUACGCGCAGCUGGCGCGGAGCAUCCACGAGCUCGCCGCGACGUGUGACCAGAAAAGUUCCCAGAGGCAGCUUGUAAACAGCGUAUUCCCCAAGCUUGCCGUGUACAAUUCUGUGGAUCCUUCGGUGGCUCCAUCUCUUCUCAUGCUCCAUCAGCAAUGCGAGGACAGAAAUGUUCUGCGCUAUGUAUACUACUAUCUGGCCCGUAUACUGUCAGAUAAUGGUUCCCAGGGUUUAAGUGCUGCUGGUGGUAUACCCACACCAAAUUGGGAUGCUCUUGCAGACAUUGAUGCUGUCGGGGGAGUGACUCGAGCUGACGUUGUACCCAAGAUAGUUGAUCAGCUUUCAGCGGAAUCCUCCAGCGACGAUGUUGAGUUUCAUGCGCGGAGACUUGCGGCCUUGAAGGCGCUUACAUCAGCUUCCACUAGCAGUUCAGAGAUGAUGGAAAAGAUCUACGAAAUUGUGUUUGGUAUUUUGGAAAAGGUGGCAGAUACUAAACAGAAACGAAAGAAGGGUAUUUUUACCAAGCAAGGUGGUGAUAAAGAGUCUAUCAUACGUGGUAAUUUGCAAUAUGCUUCUCUAAGUGCACUAAGGAGGCUUCCACUUGAUCCUGGUAAUCCAGCAUUCCUGCACCGUGCUGUCCAGGGGGUUGAGUUUUCCGACCCAGUUGCUGUGAGGCAUGCGUUGUCAUUAAUCUCUGAAAUAGCUGCAAAAGAUCCAUACUCUGUUGCCAUGGCAUUGGGCAAAAGCGCACAACCUGGUGGAGCUCUUCAGGACAUUCUUCAUUUACAUGAUGUUCUUGCUAGGGUAUACCUUGCAAAGUUGUGUCAUUCAAUAUCUAGGGCACGCGUAUUGGAUCAGAGGCCUGACAUAAAGUCUCAGUACAGUUCUCUCCUCUAUCAACUUCUUCUAGAUCCCAGUGACAGGGUCUGUUUUGAGGCUAUAAAUUGUGUGUUGGGAAAAGUUGACAACACAGAAAGCACGGAAGACAGAGCUGGUGGAUGGAUUCGGUUAACUAGAGAAAUUCUCAAAUUGCCUGAAGCCCCUUCUGUAGCGUCAAAGGGUGUUCUGUCAAAAUCAAGUGAAAAGUCUUCAAAAGCAAGGCGACCGCAACCUCUCAUCAAACUUGUAAUGAGAAGAUUGGAGAGCUCAUUCCGUAGCUUCUCUCGUCCGGUUCUUCAUGCUGCUGCAAGAGUAGUUCAGGAAAUGGGCAAAAGUAGAGCAGCUGCUUUUGCAUUAGGUGCUUAUGAUGAGGGGGCCCCUCUUGAUGUUGAAUCUCUUGAUUCUGAUCUUGAGAAUCCAAUGGCUGAAGCUACCCGGAAGCCUAAUCCCCUAUCCAAUGGUCAUGGUGGAAUGGACACAAUAGCAGGGUUAUUAGCAUCACUGAUGGAAGUUGUGCGGACAACGGUAGCAUGCGAGUGUGUAUAUGUUCGAGCAAUGGUCAUCAAAGCUUUAAUAUGGAUGCAAAAUCCACACGAGUCUUUUGAAGAACUAAAGUCUAUCAUUGCAUGUGAGCUGUCUGACCCAGCCUGGCCUUCCUCUCUCCUGAAUGAUGUCCUACUAACCUUACACGCUAGGUUCAAGGCAACACCAGAUAUGGCUGUGACUCUGCUUGAGAUUGCAAGAAUUUUUGCAACUAAAGUUCCUGGAAAGAUUGAUGCUGAUGUUCUACAAUUGUUAUGGAAGACAUGCCUUGUAGGAGCAGGACCUGAUGGGAAACACACAGCCUUGGAAGCUGUGACUAUAGUUCUUGAUCUGCCGCCACCUCAGCCUGGUUCAAUGUCUGGACUCACUUCUGUUGAUAUGGUAUCUGCCUCCGAUCCAAAAUCUGCAAUGGCACUCCAAAGAUUAGUUCAGGCUGCUGUUUGGUUUCUAGGAGAAAAUGCAAAUUAUGCUGCAUCUGAGUAUGCCUGGGAGUCUGCAACACCGCCUGGUACUGCACUAAUGAUGCUAGAUGCUGAUAAAAUGGUUGCUGCAGCAAGCUCCCGUAAUCCUACACUUGCUAGUGCUCUGACGAGACUUCAAAGGUGUGCAUUUAGUGGCAGCUGGGAGAUCCGCAUUACUGCUGUCCAAGCCCUAACUACCAUCGCAAUAAGGUCUGGUGAACCUUAUAGGCUGCAAAUAUACGAAUUUCUUCACGCUUUGGCUCUUGGGGGUGUGCAGUCAAACUUUUCAGAAUUGCAAUUAAGUAAUGGAGAAAAUCAAGGUGCCAGUGGUACUGGUCUUGGAUCUUUAAUAAGCCCAAUGCUCAAGGUCCUAGAUGAAAUGUAUAGAGCUCAAGAUGAUCUUGCUAGAGAUAUUCGCCAGCAUGAUAAUAGCAAACAAGAAUGGAGUGAUGAGGAACUUAAGAAACUUUAUGAAACCCACGAGAGGCUUCUUGAUUUUGUUUCUUUAUUCUGUUUUGUUCCAAAGGCUAAAUACUUGCCUCUUGGUCCUACCAGUGCCAAACUCAUUGAGAUCUACCGCAACCGGCAUAACAUAAGUGCAUCUGUUGGUCUAAGUGAUCCUGCUGUUGCCACCGGAAUAUCUGAUCUUAUGUACGAGUCCAAAGAUGUACAUAAAGAGACCACUACUAUCCAGUCUGGAAUCGACCCUGAUCUGGCAAUGGCCUGGGCAGCAGGUUUGGAAGAUGAUGUUUGGGCAAACAACGCGCCAGCUGUGGAUAAAGUAAAGGACUUCCUUGCUGGUGCUGGAACUGAUGCUCCUGAUGUGGAUGAUGAGGAAUACAUGAACUCUAGGCCAUCAGUUGGCUAUGAUGAUAUGUGGGCUAAGACAAUUCUCGAAACAUACGAGGCAGAGGAAGACGAUGGUAGGUACUCAGGUGGAUCAUCUCCUGAGUCAACCGGUUCUGUGGAAACCUCCAUAUCGUCCCACUUUGGGGGCAUGAACUAUCCGUCAUUGUUUAGUUCAAAACCAUCAAGUCACGGGGCUUCACAACAGACGAUACAUGAAGAACCACCAUCAUAUUCAACAUCAGUACUACAAAGGAAGGAGUCAUUUGAAAACCCCCUUGCGGGGCGCGGAGGUCGAAGUUUCGGAUCCCAUGAGGAUGAAGAUAAGAGUUCUGGUAACCCUCAGUCUGGGAAAGCGUUGUAUGACUUCACAGCAGGUGGCGAUGAUGAGUUGAGUUUAACCACUGGAGAAGAUGUGGAGAUUGAAUAUGAGGUCGAUGGCUGGUAUUAUGUGAAGAAAAAAAGGCCUGGAAGAGAUGGAAAGAUGGCAGGUCUGGUUCCUGUUCUGUAUGUGAGCUCAUGAUAACAGCCGUCUGUAUGUUUGUCGACACUUGUUGAGUUGUUGUCCAAGCUGUUUGGAGAUCAUGAGCUUAUGGAUGGCACACAAAAAUGGCCCUAUAUGAUCAUCACACAAACUUGUUGAGAGCCUAACAUCUUAUAGGCACAUGCCCUUGUGGAAGGUAUCCAUAUGAUGCUGCAAUGUUCUUGCUGGGCGAGAUUUACAUGUUGAUUAGUUUGUACACCACGAGUCCAUUCAAUUGAUUGUUUUCUUUGAGUUGGACACUUGCUUCAGAGGUUAACCGUCCAUCUGUGCCGUUCUGCUCUGUCGGUAUUCUGGAAGGCGGUUUCGCAUCCCUAGUUUAUCAGUUGUGCGAUAUAUAUGUAGUCAAAUUGUAGAGGCAUCAUUUUCCCCCUCCCGACCAUUAUUUUGGUCUUGUGUAUUGUGUGAUUCAAGUAGGGAGUAGUGCUGCUAAUUUUGUGUAUAUUUUGUUUCAGCGUGUAUUAUGAAGUAUAUACAACAGUGAGAUCACCUGCAGCAUUUGUUUUCUUUACCCAUGUUGGGUGACCCUUUUUCCCCCAA